AUGUCUAAAUUAUAUGAUACAAAUAGAAAAUUCAAUAAUACAAAAUAAAGAUGGGAAACAUUAACAGCCAAUAUUGGAAAUAAAGAAAAUAUCCAAGUCAAUAACAAAAUUGCAGCAACAAAAACCAUCAAAAAGUGCACAACAGCCAUUACUCUGGAGAAAAAGAAGCCAUUGCCUUAAAGAACGAUAACAAAAUAUUUCAAAUUCACAAAUCUAAAAAAAUAUCCAAACCUACAAUUGUACGACUCAAAAGGCAAUGUAAGAGAGUUCUUAUGUUAUGAUGACAAGGUACUCAAAAUACCUCCAGCCUAUAACUAAACUAUUUCACAUUCUAUGGAUAAUGAUUGUCAAUCUGAUAAUGAACAAGUUGAAUCUGCAGUAAGAUAACUUACCUACUUUAUCGAAUCUACUUUAAAUUAAUACAAAUAACACUCUUAAUGA